AUGCUUUAAGGGAAAGAACCAUAAUAGAGAGGUAAUCUUAUUAAUCCUAAUUUAAUAGAUCCUCAUUUUGACUAAAAGCUAGCUCCCUACAUGGAAUCAAAAUUAGUUCACCUUACAAAGCUAGGUAAUAAUACUAAAAUAGUCGUCGUGAAGAAAAAAGGACCACAAUAAUCAUUUAACAGUAAUCAAUCGACAACGGUGAAUACUAUACCUUCGGGAAAUUUCAAAUAACCUGUUUUCCUUAAUAGUUCAGCUCAAUCAAUAUCAAACCCUAUUAAUUCUCUAUAUUAAAGUCACAGCUAGUAAAGAUCAGUGAUUGAUGAAUACCAAAACUCUCUCCUCAAUAAUAGUAAUAGCAUUAAUUUAAGGGACUUAAAUUCUAAGGUGCAAACACAGUCACUUCAAAAUUCAAGAAGCAUCACUCCUAUGAAACCUGUGAGCUAAUUGAAAUUCGGAUAGUCACCUGUUCCAGUAAAUGCUCAAAGUACAAAUUCUAGCUUUUAAUCAUCUCUUGUCAACUAAAAUGGAUUUAUCCAUGUCGGGGGUCAUCAAAUGAUUAAUAUAAAUGAAAAUCCAAUAUUCAAGACUUCUCCUGAGUAAGUGAAAAGAUCAGACUUCAAUAAAACAAUUAACUUCACUAAACAAGUGGGAUUUAAUAACGAUAGUAUGAAUCAACCCUAAAAUAAAUAAUCCUUUCAAGGAAACACUUCAUCCUCGCUUGAAAAGAUUGAGGAAGUCAGGAAAUUGAACAGCAAAAGAUAAUUCUAAAUUAAAAAAGGUUCCAAGAGUAGAUCAAAGGAUAAAGCUCUUAAUUCCCCAUCGUAUAUGACUAAUUGCGGUAAAUCAGUGGUUUCUCUAUUCAGUUAAAAUAGUGGCAAAACUAAUCACAGUGCUCCUUUGAAUAAUUCUAACACUUUCAGUGACUCACCAAAGUAUCAAUCAAAGUUUGCUCAGAAAAAUGAGUAGAUUCUAAAUGAUAAGGCUAAAGUUAAUAAAAUAAAACUCAAGAAAAAAAUAAGACCAUCUAGUAGUCUAUCACCUGGAAAUGUUAAUAUACAAGUCAAUAAGAACAAGGAUAAAAUGAAUAUGACUGGUGGUUUCAAUUUUCACCCAGCUAAUCAAAUAAGCAAUCUAAAGGAGAGGAGCAAUUCAAAAGAUUCUAUUAAAAAAGUUAUUCCAAUUAAAAAUAUUAAAUUUCCAAACAAGAAAUCUAAUCAAAAUAAUUCUUAAAGCUGCCUACCUAAGCCUCCCUUGCAUAAAAAGAAUUUCUUUGGGGAUUAACAAGAGUAACCAAGCUUUGCCAAUGGUUCAACUGCUGAAGCCUUACUUAAAAUGGCUGAUGAGAGACUAGCUACAAUUGAGCUUGAAUUAAACUAAAAUAAAGGACCUGGCAAGUCUUUGAAAAACUCAUAAUCAGCUGAUGCUAAAAUAAAAUAAAUUCUUAUGAAGCCUUAAGCAAACACUACCCAUCCUCAAAAGUAAGAGAUUUAAACCAACUUCAAUCUAUCAUUCAACAAUAGCUUUAAUACAUCUUACAAUAACAAUAAUGGUAGCGGUAAUACAGUAGUUCCACCACAAAAUAAUAUUGACCGCAAUCAAGUUAUGGCUUUUUCGUCAAGCUCUACUUAGCCAAAUAUGAGUAGGGCUAAGAGCGCUUGUAAUAACUCGUAAUCAAAUGAAUCUGCGGAAAAUAAGCCAGAGUAUUAAGGAUUUUUUACAGCUGAUGCUAUAUAUCUAGAAAAACAAUUAACAAAUAGAUUGUUAGAGGCUUCUGACAAUGAAGGGAAAAAAAUGCAGGCCUUCACUUAAACAUUCAACGAAAUUAUCAAAAGAGACAAGAACUUUGGUAGUUUACUCAUGAAAAUUAAAUAGGCUUAUGAUGAAUAUAUAGCCAAGAGCUAAAUGUCAUCUUAGGCCUCCCCAGUCUCAAAGCCAAGUUAUGAAGAGCUAUUAGCUAAGAUAAAUACCUAGGAAUUAGAUAUUAAAAACUAAAAAGCUAAAUAUGAUGAACUUUAAAAAUCAUUUAACAGUAUUAAAGAGGAACUUGAAGAUAAAAAGAAAGCAUUAGAAUAAAUGCUGGUUGAAAACGAAAGACUCAAUGGACAAUACGAAUCUUUUAAAGUCAGUCAUGUAAAUAUCAACAAGUCUGCUUCAAUUAGUGAUACUUUUAAAAGUUUAUAACUAUCAAACUCUAGUAGAUAGGGCGUUGUUUCUCAAAAUCAUAAUCAAAAUAAAUCAAACACAUAAAACCUUCUAGGUUCAAAUAAUGCGAAAAAUAAAGGUUCAAGGAAAUAAUUGCUAGCAGAUUUGAAUGCACUAGUGAAUCAGAAUAUGGAACUAAAUUAAAUGUGCCAAUAAUUGCAUAAUGAGGUGUCUUACUUUAAACUUAGGGAGAAAAAGAUUAUGUACCUCGUAUACCUACUUUAAAACAAGGGGUAUCCAGUUAAUUAGAUCUUUGAAUAGGAGGUAAAGUGUAUUCCAACACUGAGAUUUUAAGAAUUCCUGGAUAAUAAUCCUGAUUUAGAGGAAUAAAUGCAUGCUGAGCUUGACGAUGAUACAAAGAAUAUGUUUAGUUUUAGAUCUGAUGACUCUUUUGAGAGAUUAGUCAUUGGUCCUGCUCUAUUAAGAAAAAGACCAAGUUUUGUUCCACCCCUGAGCUUUGAGGGAUUCCCAGAAUAUGAAAGCAGUUCUGAUGAAGAGCAAUAAUAACCAAUAGAUCAAAACCAAAUGAAUCAAAUGGCUAAUCCAUAAUACUAUCAAGAAUCCUUGAAAUACAUUGAGAAUUUCUACAAUAAAUAUGCAACCCAAUUGAAUCAAAACUAGAGUCAAAGCAGUCAGUUGGGGAAACAAAGCUAUGAGUUUAGUAAUAGUAUUGGUGGAGGAGGAAGAUUUGAUAACUAUAGCUCCUGCCAAUAAAUUAGCUAUCAGGAUUCUCUUUCAAGAGAUGAGGAUGCUGAUGAUGAAAUUAGAGAGCAAAUAGCCCAUGCAUGCUGA